GGCAGAGUAAUUGUCAAAGCCUGAGCCCCAAUCACCAUCCCCACUUUGGCAGAGCGUCGGGGUUGCCAUGGAUACCCAGGCCAAGAUUAAGGGCAUCCAACAUAGCCACAUGGUGACCUGGAAAGAGGAGUAGGUCUCGUCUGGCAGCAGACGCGGGAGGAGCACCGGGGACAGACGAACAACGGCCAGGCUCCACCACCACCAUCCUCAUCCUCAUCCUCAUCAUCAUCAUCAGUGACCGCAUGUUUCGAUGAUCAGGGCUCCCGUGUGAUGUGGUCUCCUCGACGUGACUGACAGUCACAAGAUGCCACCUUCAAAUACUCACGAAGACAUGUAAACAAAAGUCCAGCUGGGACGUGACGGAGCCCCAAGGCAAAGCCAUGGGCUGCGGCGGCAGCAGGACUGACGCUCUGGAGCCUCGCUACCUGGAGAGCUGGACCAAAGAGACCGAGUCCACGUGGCUGACCAGCACGGACACUGAUAUCCCCCUGUCGUCCAUCCAGAGCAUCCCCUCGGAGAACUCUGAGGCUGGCUUCACCUCCGAGAAAACAAUCAGCCCCGUUCCAGAUUUCUUUGAGGACGGCCUCCCUCUUCCUGCUCAGGCGUAUCUGAAGGUCUGCUCCGCCGUGUCCGAGGUCAGUCUGAACGAUGUGAUACCCAGCAGCCCGCCUGCAAUCCUGGCCUCCCCACCGAAAGAGGAGGCAUUGCCUUCAUCUGGCACCACAGUGCAGCGCCGAAGUGUUCUACACACCGAAGAAAUUACAAAAUGGCAGGACAAUCGCAUGUCAACCAAGCAGGUGACCAUCACAGUGACACAGAGCAUCCAUCAGGUGGACAAGAACGGGAAGGUGAAGAAGUCCCUCACCACCUACGAGGUCAUGAAACCCGUGGAGAGUCUAAAACAGGCGGCCGUACAAAACACUUGAGAGCCGCUGAGACUGGAAGAAAUCCAAAGAGAAACGACGACUGUGAAAUAAAUGAACUGUCGGGGUUAGGGCACGUGAAGGCUGGUGAUGCACAAGUCGGUCUUGCGAGACUCUGAACUCUGGAAAUUUAGACUUUCAUGAGGAAAACCUGGGAUUAUUUUAUCAUAAAAAAGUUUCACCCUGUGUGUUAAUUAUGUGUUUCUCUUGUGUUCACUGUUCUUUGACACAUUCAAUACACCGACAUGUAAAACUGUUGUUUGGUUUUAAGAGAAAAAAGAAAAUGUGACAAAAUAAAUGAGGAAUUCAUAAAACUGGUAUAGCUCAGUCAGUUAGACCGCUGACUUUGGUACAGUAUGUCGGGGGUUCAACCCUUAGGCAAGACCUUAAAUGCUACCUGCCUUGACAAUUGCAAGUGGCUUUGGAGAAAAGCAUCAGCGAAAUGAAUGUUAUACAAUAUCAUAGCAGACGGCCUGUUUUGAAAAUCAUAUAUGGUGAAAAAAAUUACCAUUUGAAACAUUCUAUGUCCACGAGCGAACGAGAACCUUAAGUUGACGACGCUUUCGUGAAUUAAUAUGUGUAAGUGUAUUAUUACAGUGUUACUUAACAUUAUUGGAUAUUCACAUGGCAUAAAUGUCAUAGAUUUGAUAUUUGACACAUACUGACACAGCACAUAGCUGUCUGUACGGCUCAGGUAACUGAACUCGAUGGUGAUGACUGCACUAGUGUUUACGGUGAAGCGGGACAGGAGUUUGUUCGUGUAAAAACUGUCUCUCUACAUUGUGGUGUUUUGUACAAGAGUGAUUUUCUUAUCUAGCCUAGUUUGUGUUUUCUAAUGACAAUAAAUCAAAUAAAACCA